AUGGCCGAAGAGAUUGACACCUUGCAAUCCCUGUACUCACGUUCGGGGAGGUCGUUUUCCGACGGCCCUUCUUCGAACUCAGCGGGUGGGUCUUUUCAUAUUGCCCGACGCGACCCAGGCCAUCAACAAUCAGCUGGGCACGAGGCUUCCAGCUGUCCCAGGACGAUAAAUAGUCACGCUCGGACGAGCUUCGACCAUCGCCAGAAUCCACAAAAGGAUGUGGUGGCGGCGGCGGGAAAACCUGAUUCGGCUCGAGGAUCGGAUAAACUUGAUGUUCAAGCGCUGAACCGUCUAACGGAACAGUUGCAAAAUGACCUGGCUCAAAAAGAGACUCGGCGUUAUGGGCUUGAGGAUAUUGUAAAGGAGGAUUGCAAUUUCCUAACCCAUUAUUGUUCGGACGAUCGUGCCGCGUUUGCGUUCGCGCAACUUGAGAACGAACGUUCGACUCGUUAUCUUCGUGAUGAGCUGGCUGUAGAUCGUCGGGACAAAGCUCAACUGCGUGAACAGGUCGCUUCUCGUGUCGACCAGACUGGCUCGUCGAAACGGGACCGCUCGAAGGUGGUCUCGGCUCUCGACCGUGGAGGUGUUCUUCGCCUCUCGAAACGGGCUCGUACUGAUUGUACGGGCGGAGACGACCAACGUGAAACGUAG